AUGAGGCGCUCAGCAGCUCCUAGUCAACUUCAGGGUAAUGCUGCGAAAAAGCCGCGUUUCACCCCUCCCGGAGCUACUUCUUCAUGUAUUGGCACAGAAUCCAAGCCUUACUGCCAACUUUCUGGCAUGGACAAUGCUUUAAAUAAGGUCCAAAAAAUUCUAGCAGCUCCACUUCUCAACAAAAGCGGAUAUGCUGUGCAAGCAGAACCAGCCUUGUCCAAGGCUCUGGCUCGAGUGCUCAAUGCAACAGAAAGCAAGGAGAAUCUUGGCGUGACAGAACAUUCAAGUGCUACCUUGCAAGAACUGGCACCACAACAAGACAGCAAAGAAGCAGGCCUUGCUCAAACAUGCGCUGAGAUAAAUUCAGCCUCAAAUACAGAUGGCAGUCAAAACGCAGUGCGGUACUUCAGCGUAGUCUGGUGUAAGGCCAGCAAGAAGAAACACAAGCGCUGGGAAGGUGACGCUGUCCUGGUGACGAAGGGUCGAACGGCUACCCUGAAAGAUAUGGAGGGCAAAAACAUUGGCGAGGGUAGUGGCUACAAGAUGUCAGUGCUGGCCUCUCUUGCUGAGGGAGAGACACUGAUGAUUGGAGCGAAAGAGGUGGAGGUGUUGGGAAUCAUAUCUUCUGAAGAUUUCGCCACAGGACGUUGCUUCCAAGAAGCCCGUUUAGAUGAAGUCGACCCUGUCCCCAAAACGGCUUCCCGUCCCUUUCAUCGCCUCGUAUCUAAACCUUUCUGCUCCCCUAAGCUGUCGCAGAAAGCACAGCAUCUUGAAUCACAACCAAGGGAAGAGCAUACCAGCAGACCUCUUCAUAAUCCACAAGCUGCUGAUGCUCUAGUAAUGCCUCGGCCCUCUUCCAACCACCAAUGGUCUUAUAACAAGACAGGGCUUCCUGUUGUUGAUGUUGUGGUUGACCCGUACCUGACAAGUCACUUGCGUCCCCAUCAGAGAGACGGCCUGCUUUUUCUCUAUGAAUGUGUCAUGGGCAUGAGAGCUCCAGGACGCUAUGGGGCCAUCCUGGCCGAUGAGAUGGGCCUGGGGAAAACCCUCCAGAGUGUGGCGCUGUGCUGGACGUUGCUGAAGCAGGGACCGUACGGGGGAAAAGCAGUCACCAAGCGUGUUCUUGUGGUCACUCCUGGCAGCUUGGUGCAGAACUGGGGUGCCGAGUUCAAUAAGUGGCUCGGACGUGAAAGGAUCAGUGUUUUCACCGUGGAUCAAGACCACAGGAUCGAGACAUUUGUGCUGUCUCCUCUCCACAGUGUUCUAGUGAUCAGCUACGAAAUGCUUCUACGCUGUCUCGAGCAGGUGCAGAAAGUUGAGUUUGGUCUUAUCAUCUGCGACGAGGGUCACAGAUUAAAAAACAGUAGCAUCAAAACGUCUUCAGCUCUCAACAGCCUGAGCUGUACUCGCAGAAUUAUUCUAACAGGCACCCCAGUGCAGAAUGACCUACAGGAGUUCUAUGCCAUCAUAGAAUUUGUUAAUCCAGGCAUACUUGGCUCCACCACUGCUUAUAGGAAGGUGUUUGAAGAGCCCAUUCUUCGUUCCAGGCAGCCCUCCUGCUCACAGGAGGAUAGAAUUUUGGGAGAGGAACGAGCAGCUGAGCUCUCCCGACUGACCGGCAUGUUCAUCCUUAGGAGGACACAGGAGAUCAUUAACCGCUACCUACCGCCACGGCUAGACUGGACCGUGUUCUGUAGGCCUUCCCCCUUACAGCAGGAGAUCUACAAGCUUCUCCUCAGCCACCGAAUCUUCAGAGCCUGCCUCCAGGGCUCCAUGCAAACACACACACACCUGGCCUGUAUUACUGCCCUGAAAAAGCUGUGUAAUCACCCUGCUCUACUUCACGCCACUGUCACGGACAAAAUGAAGAGUGAAUCAGAGGAGAACUCAUUAUAUGAAGGACUGGCACAGUUUUUUUCAGAAACCCACACCUCAGAUGACUUUAACCCUGCCGACUCAGGCAAACUUUUAGUUCUGUUGGACCUAUUGAAGACCAUCAGACAUCUCAGCCCAUCAGAUAGGGUGGUUGUCGUGUCCAAUUACACGAAGACACUGGACAUGCUUCAGAAGCUUUGCAAGCACAUGAGCUACACGUUCUGUCGGCUUGACGGACAAACGCCCACCAACCAGCGGCAGCGGCUGGUCGAUAGCUUCAACAACCCAUAUUCUCCAAAUUUCCUCUUUCUGCUUAGCUCCAAAGCUGGAGGCGUAGGGUUAAAUCUAGUGGGGGGUUCCCAUCUGGUGCUUUAUGACCUAGACUGGAACCCUGCCACUGAUAUCCAGGCUAUGGCUCGAGUUUGGCGAGAUGGACAGAAGAAGACAGUGCACACCUACCGUCUCCUCACUGCUGGCACAAUUGAGGAGAGAAUAUUCCAGCGGCAGGUGUCCAAACAGGGUCUUUCUGGGACCGUGGUGGACCUCGGCAAAGGCUCCGAACACGCCAGCUUCUCCACCAAUGAACUGCGCGAUCUAUUCAGCCUGACAGACACUCCUUCUCUAACUCACGACCUGUUGAAUUGCAGCUGCGAAAUGGACGGCUCAGUCAACGCUGUCAAAGAGGAAGAAGGGCAGGCUUGUGAAAAUCGGCCGUGCCAGCUCGGUCGUGACUUCGGCGCGUCGACCCAGAAGCACCUCAGCAUGUCCGAGCUGAUGCAGUGGAGACAUUUCUCUGGUGACACUCACACCUUUUCUGAUCCUUAUCUGGAUCACGCCCGAGACAACAUCACCUUUGCCUUUCAAACCACCAUUUCUCACCUGGAUCAUUAG